UCUUCGUAUGCGACAACUGCAUUCACAAGCAUCGUACUUUUUGUAUGGGUUUCCGAUUAAAAUAAAUAUUCUCUUGAAUGGAAUUGACUUAAAUGAAUUUUCCGUAACAUUUUAUUCAAACUCGACCAUAACGAAUAUAGAACAAACUUAUGAAUAUAGAACAGAUGUUUGUACAAUGCCAUUGCGAGACUAUAUUACUGGCGCAUUGAUUGGUAAAGGAACCUAUGGUGAAGUAUCUUUAGCUAAACAUAAGAAAGAUAGAAAGCAGUAUGUCAUAAAGCGUAUUGAUAUUCACAAUGCUUCUAAACGGGAACAAAAGGGAGCAGAACAAGAGGCUAACCUGCUUUCAGAAGUCAGACAUCCUAAUAUUGUCUCCUACAAAGAAUCAUUUCAAGGAGAAGAUGGAUUUCUUUACAUUGUCAUGGCAUUCUGCGAAGGUGGGGAUAUGUACUCCAGAUUAAAAGCUCAAAAGGGAAUAUAUUUGGAGGAGAGACAGAUUGUAGAAUGGUUUGUGCAGAUUGCUAUGGCUUUGCAGUAUUUACACGAUAAGCGUAUUCUCCAUCGUGAUCUGAAAACACAAAACAUAUUUUUGACAAAAAGCAAAAUAAUCAAGGUGGGUGAUCUUGGUAUAGCUCGAGUAUUGGAAAAUGCAACAGAUUUGGCAACUACCUUAGUUGGUACACCGUACUACAUGUCUCCAGAGUUAUUUACUAACAAACCGUAUGGUUAUAAGUCUGAUGUUUGGGCAUUAGGAUGUUGUCUGUAUGAAAUGUGCACAUUGAAGCAUGCUUUCAACGCUAAAGAUAUGAACUCUCUGGUUUAUAAAAUCCUUAGAGGAAAGCUUCCUGCCAUGCCAACAACUUACAGUGAUGAUCUAUGUGACAUUAUACGUUCAAUGUUAUCUCAAGAUCCAGACAAACGACCAAGUGUAGCAAGGCUUUUACGUCAUUCGUUUAUAAAGAAGCAGAUUGCUUUAUUCCUUGAAGGAACCAAAAAUAGACAAAAGAAGAACAUGAAAGCAAAGGACAGUCCGACUCAAAGAAAGACCGACGCUUCGGAAUCUGGAAAAGCGUCUGAUUCCGGUUAUAGCUCGCUCAGAGAAGCAAAAUCAGCUGAUCCUUUACGACGUAAGACAUCCAAUGAAAAGAGAUCGGAAAAUGACGAUCGUGUUAUGAGUCCAAAUAAACAAGCAUUAAAAAACGAAGGAACGACUGGAGAUGACUUGCAAUCUGCAAAUGAACCAAUCAAAAACUUCGCUGAACGUAAAUCGAAGGACAAUGUUGCAGACAUAAAAAACGAAAGAAAAUCUCGAAGUACUCACAAAGACGAAAAAAUAAACAAAGAGGAAGGAUCAGGGGAAAAACAGCAGCAAAUCUUGAGAUCUCGACCUCUUCCACCAAAACCUCACCAUCGUGGCAGUGAAAAAUCAAGUAAUAUCCAAGACAACAUAGUUUCCCGGGAAAGAAGACGAUUUAAAGUCUCGAAACAAAUCAAAAACCAAAACAGGUUUCCCGAAUCUUCAGAAAGAUCAGACGAAAGGGAUUCCGUUGGAUUAGAACCGAAGGUUUCAAUUGGACAACCGAUAUCAGCACGGGAACGUCGUCGACAGAGAGAACGAGAGAGCAUGAGAAAUACACCUUCUGUUUUCCCGUCUAGUUUGAGCGUUGAAAAAUUAUCUAUUUCAUCUUCACCAUGUGAGAAGAAAGCUACGGUUUCAUCAGGGGGCUCAGACGUCACUGAUGGUCCUUCCCAAAGAGCAAUUGUAUCAGAUGAGUUCGAAUUCAGCAAAGUAGUUGAAAAUGAGUCGAGUGGUGAUACAGACACAGAAGAAAACAGAGUAGACGAUGUUGCUCAUGAAAUGCGAAAUAAGCGAAGGACGAAAGAGAGUAGCGAUGUUAACUCGUUGAUAUCUGCUCUCGACACGACUUUAAAACUAUCUGAUGAACGGGAUUCUCCAGAAUUGGAUGAAGAAAUACGAGACAAUACGAAUGAUAUUGGCGAUGAAUCUGUUUCCACUGGACGUCUUCGAGAUCGCAUAGAAUUUUUACGACGAGAUUGCAUUGACGGAUUGGGAGAAAAAUGUUUUGUCGAGGCAUGCAACAUCAUUGAUAAUAACAGCGAGGAUAAAGUUCAACGUCUUCUUAUUGAACUUAUGGGAAGAAAUAAAUUCGAAAAAUAUGCCGGGAAAAUAUGGCAACUGAAGUUUUGUGAAACUUUUAAACGUAGUUAGCACUUAGCAAGAUCAAUUUGUCUUUAGCAAGUGGUAACUGCAUCUAUAAUUGAAAUUAUGAUAUUUAUUAUACUCCCUGGAACAGGAUAUUUCCAUUUCGUCUGCCCUAACUGCAAACAUGAUCUUCUGCGUUUCAAAAUUACAACAUAUAUUUCAUUACAGUCAUGUUUGCAAAAUGCAGCAAGAUAAUUUAGGAUUUUUCUCAUCAACUGGAAUAAUUACUGAUGAGCUUUGGACACGUUGUAACGAGUUAUAGCUGUUAUUUGGAUUAUUUGCUUUUUUGAAGUAUGUUUAAACAUAAAACGUAUGCUAUGCUGUACAAGUAAUAAAAAAGAUGAUAGGAAAAAUAUGUAACGUCGAGUAAUCGCAGGUAUUUAAAUAAAUUCAAACAUGAAAAUCAAACAAAA